UCUCUCUCUACCUGACUCUGUCCUAUUAAAUCUCUCCACUCCUCCCCCCGAAAAAGAGAGCAGAAAGUCAGGAAAAUAUAACAACUUGUGCAGACCUAAGUCAACGGGCUAGUGGUGAUGAUGAUGAUGAUGAUGAAGAACAAGCCCUAAUUUAAGAGGGAGAAAAAAAGGACCCCAGGCACUCAGUGAUGUGGAAAAAAGGCUCAUCAUUCUGGUGUAUUUUCUAAAGACGGCGCGCUCUCUGAGCAGAUGACUGCCACUCACCUUGCCACGGGGUCUGCUUGAGAUUGGUUCAUUGUCAAGAUUUUUUUUAAUUUAUUUUUUUUACCCAUGAUUCCAUAUGGUAUGGAGCAGGCUACAUGUUUCCCAACAUGCCAGUGCGAAUGUUUUCUCAAUUAGGCGUCUUAUCUCCGGUGAGUGCGCUAGCAUCAGAUGGAACUUGCUGACAGUGUAAUGGCAGGCAAAACCACGGAAGGCUCCAUCAAAUGGCAGCUCUGCUACGACAUCUCAGCCAGGACUUGGUGGAUGGAUGAGUUCCAUCCUUUCAUCGAAGCUCUGCUGCCCCACGUGCGAGCGUUUGCCUACACAUGGUUCAACUUGCAGGCCCGCAAGAGAAAGUACUUCAAGAAGCAUGAGAAGCGCAUGUCUAAGGAAGAGGAGCGCGCGGUAAAGGACGAGCUGCUCAGCGAGAAGCCUGAGGUCAAGCAGAAGUGGGCAUCACGCCUCUUGGCCAAGCUCCGCAAGGACAUCCGGCCAGAGUUCCGGGAGGAUUUUGUGCUCACGGUCACCGGGAAGAAGCCCCCGUGCUGCGUGCUGUCCAACCCCGACCAGAAGGGUAAGAUGAGGAGGAUCGACUGCCUGCGUCAGGCCGACAAAGUCUGGAGGUUGGAUCUGGUCAUGGUCAUUUUAUUCAAAGGUAUUCCCCUCGAAAGUACUGAUGGCGAAAGGCUGGUAAAGUCCCCACAGUGCUCGAACCCAGGGCUGUGUGUGCAGCCUCAUCACAUUGGAGUUUCUGUGAAGGAGCUUGACCUCUACUUGGCCUACUUUGUUCAUGCAGGUAAGUCCCUCUUUUGUUUCUCAACUCUCUAA